GAUAGACUACUACUUAAAAGCAGCAAGCAAUAUUCAUUUCUUUCUGCUUUUUUGAUGUUUCCUUGUUCCGAGAAAGAAGAAGAAGAUGCAUGUAUGAACGCUCAAUAAUUUUUCAUAUGACUCAUUCGUAAGCCAUCCGACAUUGCCAUCAAUGGUGAGCUUCUUUACAGAGAAGAAUGGAAGUACUACAAAGUGAAAGAGAGUACUGAUCAUCAUUCUUUCAAUUCAAAGUCUCUCUGUAAUUAAGAAUUAUGAGUUGGAAAUAUAAGGGAGGGUUGCUUCUCAUCGUCGGUGUUGUGAUUAUGUGGGUUACUUCUGCAGAGGUCACCCAGCAGGUUGUCUUCACAGAUUACAAGCAGCCAUUUGCAGUGGCAUAUCUUGCAACUUCUCUAUUGAUAGUUCAUCUUCCAAUAGCAUUCCUUAAGGAUUGGUUAUUAGAAUUUAUGAGAUGCAACGAUGGUGCAGAAACUGUGGAUGAGUCCUCUGCAGAACCUGAUUCUCCUGUGAAACAUGAUGCUGGGCAUACUACUUUUGAAAUUGAACAACAGGAACCAUUGGGGAAUGGAAACUCUUGCCUUGACAUUUACUCUGAGGACAUUGAUCCAUUAGUUUCUGAAUGCACAAAUAAUAUGGACACAGUAAAGGAAGACAAAAACAUCACCACAAUGGAAAUGGCUAAAUUUGGAUUUUGCAUUGCUCCUCUCUGGUUUUUUACCGAGUAUCUAACAAAUGCUGCACUUGCACGAACAACCGUUGCCAGUACAACACUGUUGUCUUCAACUUCAGGACUUUUUACUCUUAUCAUCGGAGCAUAUCUGGGUCAAGACUCUAUAGAUAUUGUUAAAGUAAUCGCCAUUGUUUUUAGUAUGGCUGGUGUUGCCAUGACAACAUUCGGGAAGACUUCAACUACAGAUGAAACACAGUUAAGCACACCUAAAAAUGGAAAGCAUUCGUCUCUGGGUGAUCUUUUUGCCAUCCUCUCGUCUUUUACUUAUUCACUUUUUACCGUGCUUCUUAAAAAGUUUGCUGGAGAGGGUGAAAGGGUAGAUGUGCAAAAGUUAUUUGGCUGCAUUGGAUUAUUCACACUUGCUGUUCUUUGGUGUCUCGUGUUGCCUCUGACCGCUAUGGGCAUUGAACCCAAGUUCAGAUUCCCCACAUCUGCUAAAGUGGAACAAGUUAUUCUUGUCAAUGGUUUUGUUGGAAGCGUUCUCUCUGAUUAUUUAUGGGCAUUAGGUGUAGUUUGGACCUCACCGCUAGUAGCUGCACUAGGUUCUUCGCUUACCAUACCUCUUGCCAUGAUAGAGGACGUGCUGAUCCAUGGACAGCAUUAUUCAGUAUUUUAUAUUCUCGGUUCAACUCAGGUACUCCUUGGAUUUGUAGUAGCUAACCUUUCAGAUUGGUUCUCACACAAGUGGAAUCAUGGACCUUGAGGCCAAGAAAAUUUUUGCAUCUCUUAUUCUCUCUCUCCUUGGAACAUUCUUUCUUAACUUUGAUGAUGUAGCCUGUGGACUAUGCUUUUUUUCAUCUGUGGAUUACAAGCCUAAUGAAAGAAAAGUUAAUUGUUCACUAAAUGUAAUACAAAUUGGAAAUCUGGCUGUCCAUAUACUUGGCUUGAUUGAAACAGACAUGAGUGUAGAUAGAGUGGAAUUGCUUUAGAAAGCUUUUGUUAAAAGCUUCCUUUUCCUUUUGUUUGAAAA